AUGGCCUCAGUUGUGGUACGGUCGUUAGUACGACUGCACAAGAUCAGUGUAGAAGUCCACUACACUGUGGAACCUGCUUCCGGCACCUGUGUAGAGACACAGGCUGCGCCGAAGGUUCACCACUCGAAGAGAUCGAGUGGACCGGAACACGGAUGCACACCAAGAAGGGUGCAUCCAAGAAGAGAUAUUAGUGUUGUUCAGGAUAAAGAACACGUUGAAGCGAUAUCGACUUGCAGAAAGUUGAUCGAAGAGAACGUGACUGUGGUGGUACACCCACAGUCAGUACACGUAUCGGAAGAAAGUUCCAGCGUUUCUGAGAGUGAUAACUCCCGAGAAAGUUAUGUUGAGAGUGUGGAUCCCCAACCACCUGCGGAUGUGUUCUCCCAGGAAAUCACCGAGACAGUGAAUGUCUUGGUGAAUGACGGAUCGAGUGUAGGCGAUUAUACACUUGACCUGGUUACGCCCUCGAAGUCAGCUUCGGAGGUGGUCAAGUUGGCAACGCUAGAAUCUAAAAUAUUCUUGCGAGAUCUACGAAGUGACAAGAUCAAGCAGAUCUGCGUACUAGUCACAGAGGACGAGUACGUCACCGAUAUUCGAUCGGCACAAGUGUUUGCUGAGAACGAACGGGUUCUCAGUAGCUCAUCGAUGGACGAGAGUGGCCUCGAUGAGAAGACUCGGAUUGAACGAUACACGUCUCACUCUUGGGAGUCUUUGAGACAAUCCUUCGUAUAA